GAUCUUAUUUGUGCCCCUUUCCUGCAGAAGCCACCUGUGGGGACCAUGGCCCAAGAACUCCUCUCCCCUCUGGGGCUGCUGUCUGGGGAGGAGGUCACAACCUCGCCCCUGCUCGAGUCCACGGCAGCAGAGCUGGGGGCUGGCUUGCGCAAAGACCUGCUGUCGGAUUUCUCUGCUAUUUCCCCAAACCUGAGGGGCUCCGAGCAGACUGCCCCUGAGGACAAUGGGAAAGUGAAGGUGUAUCUGAGAGUCCGGCCCCUGAAGCCAUCUGAGCUGGAGAAGCAGGAGGAUCAGGGCUGUGUUUGUAUUGAGAAUUCGGAGACGCUGCUUCUGAGAGCGCCUCAGGACUCUUUCACCAUGCGGAGCACUGCCCGGGGCAUAGGCCAGGCAGUACAUAAAUUCACCUUCACCAAGAUCUUUGGAGCGACAGUGGGGCAGAAGGCAUUCUUUGAUGAAACGAUGGGGGAAGUUCUGAAGGAUGUACUUCAUGGGCAGAACUGGCUGGUUUACACCUACGGCAUCACCAACUCUGGGAAGACGCACACCAUCCAGGGGAGCAGCAAAGAUGGAGGGAUCCUGCCUCGCUCCCUAGCUGUCCUCUUUAACAGUGUGGGGGAGCAGCUGUACCAGGCUAUGGAUCUGAAGCCCUCGCUUUCCAGUGAAGUGACCUGGCUGGAUAGCAAACAGGUGCAUCAGGAGGAGACCAAGAAGCUGACCUUGCUGUGCGGGGGGCUGCGGGAGGAGGAAAUGCUGACUCCACGGCAGGGGAGCCACAGUACUGAGUCCCAGGUCCAGGCUACCACAAGUGCCAGUUCUGAUAGUGGGGUUGGAGGACUCUCUUCUACCAGCCAGUCAAGCAGCCUACUGGAAGCAGAACUGGACCCUCGCUGGGCUGACCCAGACCGCGUCUCGCUCCACACCCCGGGGGAUGUGCAGUUCUCCAUCUGGGUCUCCUUCUUUGAGAUUUACAAUGAGCUGAUCUAUGACUUGCUGGAAGUGCCUCUGUCCGGUCAGAACCGCAAAAGGCAGACGCUGCGGCUGUGCGAAGACCGUACUGGCAACCCCUAUGUGAAAGAUCUGAACUGGAUCAAUGUCCGAGAUGCUGAGGAGGCCUGGAGGCUCCUGAAACUGGGUCGGCGAAACCAGAGCUUUGCCUGCACCCACUUGAACCAAAACUCCAGCCGCAGUCACAGCAUCUUCUCCAUUCGGAUUCUGCACUUAAAGGGAAGCAGCAGUGAGGCGUUCCCCAGAAUCAGCGAGCUGUCCCUGUGUGACCUCGCUGGCUCAGAACGUUGCAAGGACCAGAAAAGCGGGGACCGCAUGAAGGAGGCAAACAACAUCAACACCUCCCUGCAUACUCUGGGCCGCUGCAUUGCUGCCCUCCGUCAGAACCAGCAGGCCAAGCCGAAGCAGAACGUGGUUCCGUUCCGGGACAGCAAGCUGACCCGUGUGUUUCAGGGCUUCUUCACAGGGCGUGGGCGUUCCUGCAUGAUUGUCAACAUUAACCAGUGUGCAUCCACAUAUGAUGAGACCCUGCAUGUGGCCAAGUUCUCAGCCAUAGCUAGCCAGCUUGUUCAAGCUCCUCCCACAAAGCUGGGCCUCCCAUCUAUCCAAUCCUUAAUCAAGGAACACAGGAGGAAUUCAGGGCUAGGCUCAAAGCAGGAAGUGGAGCCUGAUGUGGAGAGCGAGGACGAGGCAGAAGUGACCAUGUAUGAUAGGGAGGACCUUCCCCGAGCUGUGGAGGUCUUGUGGGAUCUGCUGGUGCAGGAGCGGCAGGACAAGCUGCACCUGGAAAUGCGCCUCAGAGAGGAGCUCUGCAAUGAGAUGCUAGAGCAGCUGCAAGAAAAAGAGCAGUGGUGCAGCCAACACUUGGAGACCCAGAAAGAGCUACUGGUGGAGCUGUAUGAGGAUAAGCUGAGCAAUUUGAAGGAGUCACUCCUGGACUAUUACCAGGAGAUGAUUCAGGAACGUGAUGAGAAGAUUGGAGAGCUGGAGGCGGCUCUGCAGGAAGCAAAGUUGCCAUCAGAGGCCCUGGAGAAGCAGCAGGAGCUGGAGCAGCCCCUGCGCAGAUCAAAGCGAGUGGCAGCUGCAUCCACUCUGCAGCAGGAACUGCUGGAAGUGAAAGCCAAGCUGGAGCAGUGUCAAGCAGAGCUGAACACCACUAGUGCAGAGUUGCACAGGUGCCAGAAGUUACUGGAGCCCCCCCCUUCUGCCAGACCCAUCACUGUGGAUGUGGACAGGAAGCUGGAGGAUGGACAAAAGAACGUGAAGCUGCUGCGGUCAGAGCUGCAAAAACUUGGGGAGUCUCUCCAGUCUGCAGAGAGAUCAUGUUGUCACACCACAAGUGCAGGAAAACUUCGAGAAGCUCUUUGCACCUGUGAAGAGACCCUGGCUAGACAGGACCAAACCCUGGCAGAGCUGCAAAACACCAUGACGUUAGUGAAACUGGAUCUGCGGAAGAAGGCAGCGUGCAUUGCUGAACAGUACCACACUGUGCAGAAGCUCCAGGCCCCUUCAUCUACUUUAAAGAAACGCUUCUGUGCUAACAGGGAAAAUCUGCAGCCAAGUCAGCCUCCAGGCAAGAAACCCUUCCUACGCGGCUUUCUAUCCCGCUCACCUCCCCGGCUUCGUACAGCAGAGAGUAGCCCCUACAACCGCCUCCUCUUGGCCCGGCAGUCACCAGGCUUCAAGGCUUGGACCUCUAGUAAAAAGUAAGAGGGGCUUCUGGGUGAGGACCUACCAGGGAGCAGUUAUUGUCCUGGACUGUGUAUAAACCUAGUGUGCGACUCUCAAAGAUGGUUUCAGGGAGCUGGCUCUGGUUCAGACCAGCUAUUUGUCUAUAUGGAACGGGGCCUCAGGUCCAACCUGCAACAUUGCCUUGCCUCUCAACUGGGAUGUAUUCUAUUACUGUAUAUGCAUGACAAUAAAUGGAAAAACGUA